AUGCGAAAAUCCGAGGUUGGAAAACUGGAAAAUUCGAAAAUGCAAACAAUUGAAGUCACCUUAAUAAGUCAUUGUGUGCUCUUUUUUCGUCACCAUGGAAAACCUGUCUACGUACCUGGUCAGUCAAUAAAGGGGUCUGUGUUUAUUAUCACUCCGAGGCCAGUUGCAAUCGAUAGCGUUCGAGCGCGGUUAUAUGGAGAUAUUACAGUUCAGUUUACUAAUAAGGAUUUUUAUGCAUUUGCCAAUCAUCGGGUAUUUGUAAAUGAAGAGAAGGAAUUAUGGCAUUACAGUACCCUUCAGGAAAUGCUCGACAUGACCACAAUGGAUAUGAAUGCCAAUCAUCAGAAAGUAAGUUUUCUGACUGGAAAAUCACAAUUCCGAUUUUCGUUCCGUCUACCGUAUGACGCUGCGACUUCGUUCAGCUGUUCCGGAAGUCCCGUACAAGUGAAGUAUCUCAUUUCGGUGACGUUGAACGUCAGAGACGAAAUGGUCUUUCAACAUGAACAUCCGCUCAGUAUAGUAUCGCCUCAGACGGUCUCCAGACCGAUAGGAAGUCAAAAAGUCGUCCAUUCACGAUGUUUCCCUUUGCCUAAAGAUCGUAGCCUAUACAUUGAGUGCGCUCUGGAUCAGACCAUGUUUUCGCCUACAGGCCGACUGGAAGCCACAGUAACUAUCUCGAAUAAGUGGAAACAGUCGAUAAAAUACGUUCACAUGAAUAUUGUGCGUAAAAUCGAAGUGAUAGGAACGUUAGAAACCGACCGUACUAUAGGCGAGACCAAUACAGUAUUCAUGGACACAACAGGUGUUGGCUUACCCUCAACAAAGCGCAAAAUAUGCCCCGGAGAAACGUUCACAUUCCGGCCGUCUUUCAACGUGCCAGCGCUCCCACCGAAUAUGGAGGUGCCAGGGCUGAUGCGAACCGCUUAUCUGCUGAAAAUUUCCGUCGGACGAGCACAUAACUACGUGAUUGCGUCCCUUAGCGUUCCGAUCACUAUCGUAACAGACAUUAUUGACAUCGUGGAACCGGUAGUUCCUGCCUCAUGUGAAGAUGUGUUGAUCGAUUUGAAUCCGUCGUCAACGUGGGUGGCCAACAAGGCUCCGAUUGAUCUUCUCGCAUAG